AUGUAUGGAAGGUGUGGAAGCGUGAAAAAUGCCCAGGAAGUCUUCGACUCCAUCGCUUAUCCCAAUGAUUUCUCGUGGAACAUCAUGCUUGGAGUCUACUCCCAGAACGGGCAUCUCCAGGAAGCCAAGAACACCUUCGAUCGAAUGCCAAAUCCAAACGCGGUGUCCUACAAUUCCAUGGCCGCGGCAUAUGCUCAAAACGGGAACCUCGAUCGAGCAAAAGAGACCUUCGAUCAAACUCCGAGAAAGGAUGUCGGGUCGUGGAAUGGGAUCAUUCAAGCGCUUGCUCAAGCUGGGUAUGUCGAGGCUGCAAGGGAAGUUUUCGACGCCAUGCCACAGAGAGACAUUGUAUCGUGGUCUACUCUUACUGCAGCAUAUGCCCAAUCGGGGCAUUUGGAGAAAGCCGAGAGUUUGUUCUUGAGAAUACCAGAACCAAAUGUCGUGACAUGGAACACGAUGAUUUCCGCUUAUGCCGAGGUCGGACGUACGAAAGAUGCCAUGCUCGCGUACGACGCCAUGCCGCAGAGAAAUAUGGUGUCAAUGAAUGGAUUACUGCGUGCUUUUGGGCUUGCUGGGAAGACGAAGAGCGCAGCCAUCUUGUUUUACAAGUUGCCCGAGUGGGAUGUGGUCUCAUUUACAACAAUGAUCAUGGUGUAUUCUAGGAGAGGUUGUGUGGAGGAAGCAAAGCUUGUGUUUGAUUCCAUGCCCGAGCACGACAUGGUAGCGUACAAUGCCAUGCUUGUGGGAUAUGCCGAGAAUGGGUAUAUUUUGGAUGCGGAAAGGGUAUUCUUUUCUAUGCCCGGGAAUAACAUGGAAACACUGCAUGCGCUCAUGGCAUCUUACGCACAGCAUAUGCAUUUUGCGAAAGCUAUGAACGUUUUAGACACAAUGCCUGUACGCACGACCCUGUCAUGGAACACAAUGGUGGCGGCAUAUGCCCAAAAUGGGUAUAUACAGAAGGCAAGAUCCAUGUUUGCGCUGCUUCCAAGAGCAAAUGUUGAUACUUAUAACUCGAUGAUCAACGGUUUUGCAAAGGCUGGAUAUGGGAAUGAUGCUAUCAUCCUGUUUUAUGAGAUGAUUUUGAUAGGAGUCUUUCCAGACUCAUUCACAUUUUCAAGUGUAUUAGCAGCUUGCAGCCAUGGAGGUCUGCUCAAGAAUGGGACUAAACUUUUUGUGCUGCUAAGCGGAGAACAUCAAGUGACACCUCACGUGGAACACUAUUCUUCCAUGGUUGAUAUUUACGGCCGGGUGGGGCUUGUUACAGAAGCACAAGAACUUAUUGAUACAAUGCCAUUUUUUCCACAGCCUGAAACACUCCGUGCUUUAUUGAAUGCAUGCAGGAUUCAGAAACAAUUGUUCAGAGCAUCAGCAGAAUGGUUGGAUCUGGAUUCCAACUCAUGUGUUUCGUUAUCAAAUAUUUACAAGUAA